AUGUGUCGCAUCCAAUCAGACACCCCGGUUCAGAUUGGUAGAGAACAUCUCUGGUCGGAUGGACCAACUCUGCCUAGCACGUACCAGCGGAGAUGCUGCUUGAUCGUCAUUGAAUAUGGGUGGCUUGCCGUAGCGUUGACCCGAGCUGAGUCCACAACUCCAUCAGUCACCUUCAGUCGCCGUUUCGUAGUUUCAGAACACGGACAACUGGACAGUGGACGUGUCGUAUUGCUUUUGGGAAGCGCUGCACCGGAUCACGACCAUGCGAGUCGACAUGUCAGGCUGGUAGCGCGAGAUGAUUCGUCGCAAGACAUGCAGGUAGCCGAAGACCAACAUGCUGUCAACGUCGCAUUGCUCAAACAUGCAACCGCUGAUAGGAUGGGCAUCCGCGAGACUAGGGAGAUGCUCCGUCCAGUCAGCAAACGAGCGGCUUCACACCCCUUCUGGGGUCGCUCUGACAGACGUUUUUCAUUCUCACAAGAACCGCCGAUGCUAGCUCCGAACCACUCCCGCUCGACUGGCAUAAUUCUAAUUCAAUUAAAGACAUCUGUGCCUGCUGUCAAAUCGACCGUUUUUCUGGACUGUGUCUCUGACCUCUGUCCCUUGAUUUGCAAGUCUCGCCGAGGCCAAGCACGUCCGAUCGUCACCGGCUCUCGCGUCUUCCUUGAGCAGAAGCGUCGUUGCGCUGCUUUCCCCUCUUGCUAA